GUCAGGCUUGAUAUCAUAAUUUUAAUCCUCUCUUUUUCACAGUGCACAGCGCUUUGGGUUGCCGAGUUAACUUUCAAGUCGAAGGUGCUUCAAAAUGUUCGGCAAAUUCCGGUUACAGCCGAUUUAUGCUUUACUUCAUCUUCUGCACGUUACGCAUACUGUACAGCACAGUUCCAGACACUCGAUGGCGUAUUGGAGGUUAGAUUCUCAAAGAUCUGCAGGCCAAUGGGGAUCUUACCACCCACAUUCGCUUAGUCCCUUUCCCACCCAGCGCCUCAAAUCAUCCCGUCUCAGAUUCUCACGCUAAUGCAUCAGAUUUGUUCAUUCACACGGUGUUCACCCUCAACGCCUGAAGGACGGGCGGU